AUGCCUGCAUACAAAAAGGAGAAAUGUCUCUCAGAUGGCCUCUACUACAAAGAAGAAAAAAAAUUUGACUUACCCAUUCCUAAUCCUCGACAAUUCUCGUAUAUGGUGACUCUCGAGCAAUCAUGUGCCAAAAGAGAGCAAAACCUUUUGCAAAAAUCAGGUUUACCUCCUUGUACACAUGAUUACUCUUGUCGAAGAUCACCAUACAAAAGAAUUUUCCGUCCAAGAGGGAUGCAGAAAAUAGCUUACGUGAAGGUUGCUGUUGAAUCAGAGCAUAGAUAUAAUCCAACAAUUGGCCUUUAUCCUCGCAUGUAG